AUGAAGCCUGUUCUUACGAAGCUAAUUGGAUUUUUGAAUGUUACGAGUAGCAGGGCUACUACGCAACAAUGGGGAGAAGAUGAUGAUAAAGAAGCGAAUAAAGGUGAAAUUCCCGUUAAUAAAGAUGAAAUUCUAGAGGUUAAUUUGAGAAAUCCUUAUGAAACUGGGAAAAUGGCUAAGUCAGAUGCUGCAAAAGUUGUUCUUGAAAAACAAUCUCUAAAAGAUAAGUUGAAAAAUUUCAGAGAAGUGAAGACUGGUCGGAAAGGUAAUGUAUCUUCUGGAUCAGGUAAAGGAAAAGUUAAUAUCGUUUCAGAAGGAGAUGGAGAUCUUAAUCCAAAUUUGUCUGAAAAAGAACUGAAGGAGCGGGAAAAGUUUGACAAGGAACUUGAUGAAUUAAAUGCAUUAAAAGUGAAAUUUGAAGCUAAAGAGAAUUUUUUUGAAAAUAUUCUCACUUCAAAGAAGGCUAUGUUUCCUGAAUGGACAACUGAUCGGAUUUAG